UACUACAUAAUCCAGCCAAACUAGGAUUUCUCAGGGGCAAAGGUCUUCCUGCAGGGUUCUCUCUCAAUGGUGUUUUCACAGUAGCCCUGCAGGAAGCUAUGGGAAAACUGACUGGGGCUGAUUUGCAAUGAGACAGGAUCGGACUUGGGAACGCUUGUGAAGCCUAGAGGGUGCAGGAAGCUAAUCUCCCUUUGUUGCAUCCCAAGCCAGGAAAGGGGAAGAGUAAGGAGGUGAAAGACUGCAACAGGAGCUUAUUGUGAUUGGUGAGAGAGGCAGUCUUGUGAACCUGUAGGGACUGAGGGUACCUGUGGGCCACCGGCAGCCCCUGCAUAAGCCAUGAUAAGGCUUGCAGUCACCCCGAAGAUAGCCCUUGCUGAUGAACCACUGAGAAUCCAGGUCUCUGGCUUGCCCCCCUCCCAGCUGGUGACCCUCCAAGCCUCUCUGACCGAUGAGAAAGGGGUGCUUUUCUGCUCCAAAGCAUUCUACUGGUCAGAUAAGGCUGGCGAGGUGGACCUGGAGCGGGCUGCUGCCACUGGAGGGGAUUACGCUGGUGUGCAGCCCAUGGGUCUGUUUCAGUGCCUGAAGCCGGAAAAGCUGUUCCAUAGGCUGAUGAAGCGGGAUGUGAUGCAGAGUCCCUUCCGGGUCCGCCUGGACGUGUUCAACUCAUAUCACAUGCUUUCCUCACCCCACGAUCAGCCUGCAGCCAGCCAGACUGUGGAGAGGUGGUACAUGGCACCCGGAGUACAACGGGUCCAGAUCAGGGGCAGCAGAGUCCGUGGAGCCCUCUUCCUCCCUCCAGGAGAAGGUCCUUUUCCAGGGCUGAUUGACAUGUUUGGUGGCAUGGGUGGACUCAUUGAAUUCCGAGCCAGCCUCCUUGCCAGUCAUGGCUUUGCUGCACUGGCCCUAGCUUACUUUGCGUAUGAAGAUCUGCCCAGUUGUCUAGAUGAGGUGGAUCUGGAAUAUUUUGAGGAAGCUGCCAACAUACUCUUGGGACAUCCAAAGGUGGGGGGGGCAGGAGUUGGUGUAGUUGCAAUCUGCAAAGGCGCUGAGAUUGCACUGGCAAUGGCAACGUUCCUACCACAGAUCACAGCCACAGUUUGCAUUAACGGGACCAGUGCCAUUCACGGGACUGUACUGCACUACCGUGAUCUCCACAUCAGCCCCAUACCUUACAAACCUGAGUGCAUGCGGCUCACACCCCUGGGGCUGCUCUCUCUCUCCAGUGUCUUUGGGGACACUCAAGCGGAGGCAAAUCAAGGUAGCGUCAUCCCUGUUGAAAAGGCUCAGGGUCAGAUCCUCUUCGUCGUGGGAGAGAGUGACCAGAACUACAACAGCAAAGCAUAUGCUGAGGAAGUGAUGGAGAGGAUGAGGAGACAUGGGAGAAAGAACUGCACCCUGCUGUCUUAUCCAGGCGCUGGGCACCUGAUAGAGCCUCCGGGGUCCCCGUUCUGCCCCAGCUCAAGGAGUUCCUUUUUCGUCUUGCCCUUGAUGUGGGGAGGUGAAGCCCAACCCCACGCUGCAGCACAAGAACAUUCUUGGAGAGAGAUCCAAAAAUUCCUUUGGCACCACCUGUGCCCAACAGGAAGCAGCAACCUCUGAAAACAGGGAGGCCUGGACUGAAACGUUUGUGCCCCAUGCCCUCCUGAACCUGAUCCAGAAAUAUUGGAACCAUCUGUGAGUUCUGGGUAUCAACUGAAAGAGAAAUACACCUCUUUGGGGACGAGGGUGCAUUUCCAACCACUACAACGUGGCCAUCCUCUCUCACAGGUCUGCAGCCAAUAACAGGUGGGAAAAACAAAAGCACGAACAAGAAUGAUUCGAUCGAGUAGAAGGCAGACGUGUGCAUGGGGCCUGAUCCAGCUCUCACUGAAAUCUAUGGGAAUCGGACCAGGCCCAAUGGAUGGGAGUCCGGUGGUGGCUCUUUUCUGCAGGGUUCUGUGCAAAAUUUCCCAGUUUUGCUUCCCAGCAGUUCCAACCCAUGAGUUUUUGCUUCAAGUGAAUCCCAAAUUUUAAGGGGAAAGUACUGAAAUGUUGCAAGUCUACUGUGAUGUUUAUAGAUAUGACCUGUCCAAACCAGCCCUUGACCAGAUUCACUGGAAACUUGGCCCUGAUUUCCCAGCCCUACAAGUCACAGGCAGUGAAACAGAGUUUCUCUGAGAAGUAGGAAUGAGGAUUUUUCUCUCUGACAUGCUGCUGCACCAUUAAACUAUGCUGGAGACCACCUAGGCUUUGUCUACAAAGUUUUUGAAUCCAUAACUCCCACCAUGUGCAGCUCAACAGUGGAGACUGUAAUUUAGACAAGUUGCCUUGAGUGUUUUGACCACUCUUAUUUUCUAACCUUUUCUACACUGCAGCCUUAACUAGAGAAGCUGCAUUCAGGAAUUAAGGGUCUGAAAAUCCAAGUGCAGCCAUAACUCUGCAGGAAAGAUCUGUACCUUAACUUGGACCGCUUCCAUUGUUGUAUGCAGUGUCAUUGUAGCCGUGUUGGUCCCAGGAUAUUAGGGAGACAAGGUGGGUGAGGUGAUAUGUUUUACUGGUCCAACUUCUGUUGGUGAGACAGACUAGGUUUCAAGCCACACAGAGCUCUUCUUCAGGUCUGGGAAAGGUACUCCCAGUGACACAGCAAGGGGUAACAGAUUGUUUUUAGCGUAAGUAGUUAGCAUCUAUACACAUGCACUCUACCUUGAAUGGUCCCUUAGAAUAUGUGCUAACGACAUAUGUGAAACAAUGGUUCCAUCUUCUAGUCAGCCCGGAUACUCGGAGAUCUUUUCCCAGACCUGAAGAAGAGCUCUGUGUAAGCUCGUCUCUCUCACCAACAGAAGUUGGUCCAAUCAAAGAUAUUACCUCACCCACUUUGUCUCUCUAAUAACCUGGACAGGACGGUUCUUAAAAAAAGUCUACGUUCAUCCAUGCCAGGGAAUCAAUGGUAGAACUAUUCUUACUGAUCUGGUUUCAGCUGUAGUGGGGUAGAACCUGUAAGAGCAGACCUGCACACUUUGGAUCUACCUCACCCAGCUGACAGAAACAUGGUUCUUUUUCAUCUCCUUUCUAUUGAUGUUUGAAAAUGGCUGAGCUGCUAUUGCAGAGAGCAGAUUUCACUGGGCUUUGGCUCAAGGCCCAAGUGUGGAAGCCUGAGACCUAUCAGUGGUUCCACCGGGGGUCGCUCAGGAACCCUAAGACCAAUCCCAUGUCUACAUUCUGCCACUCCCAAGGCAAAAAGUAGAUUCCCAAGACAAUACCAAGCCAGAAGAAUCACGUAUAAGGCAAGACACAAAGAACCAUCCCAGCAUUUCUUCAAAAAACAAAUGACAGAACCCUGGAUGCAAGUUUUUUUUGUGAUUUUUUUUUUCCAUCGGUUUUGGAAAAAAAAUAUACAAAAAAGCCAAGCAGCACCAACUUGGAAGAGUCCGGUAAACAUUCCAGUGAAAGUACAGAGAGAGGCUCUAUUCCUUAAAAGGGCUAUACAUCAGUUAUCACCAUGCUAGAAAAGCAAGAGGCAGGAAAACCCGAAGAACAAAUAAAAGCCACAAAGUGAAACUAUUGCUCUGGUUCUGUUUGUUGUAAAGGGGGUCCCCUUAGUUUAUUUCUGACAACAGUGUGCAAACUGUAAAAGAGCAGGUUUGUUAAAAACUCUGGAUGAUAGGAUUUACAAAAAGUGCAGACUCAGCUAUUAUGGCCUGUGCCAUUUAUUUUUAUGGCUCAUUGGAGGCUCGGAAUGAAACAGCGUGCCAGACCCCAUGGAGAUCAUCAGGGCCAAAUUGACCUCUUGGUCACACCAGUCCAAAUCCCAAGUAACUCCCUUGACUUUAGUGAUUUUGCUUUUCAUUUGCACCAGUGUAAUGAAGGACACCGAUUAAGUGCAAGGUUCAUGUUCUGACGCUAUAAUGCAGUUAUGAAACAUGGACACUCCCACCUAAGAAAAAUCCUGUGCAAAUCCACAGUAAUGGCCUCAAGCCUGUAUGGCCCUAUUUCUGCCCUUAAAUAUGCACAUCUUACCUCAAGCAGGAGUUGUGUGCAUAUAUCUGAGGGUGGAAUUGGGUCCUGCACCAAUGCUAUUGUCAAUUGGAGUACCGUGGGUCGUCGUUGCAGAAUAGUCUAACAUUUUUUAAAGUGAUCAACUUAUUCUCACAAAAAUCAAUUAAAAACACUGACCCUAUUAUUUUAGUUAUUCUCUAAGAACUAGCACAAUCUUCCUCAUGCCCCAGCUCAAUCAGGCCCUGCUACAGCAAGAUUCUAACCCCUUCCUAACUUUAAGCACAUGAGUUGUCCCAUCAGUUUCAAUUGGAUUAUUCCCAUACUUAAACAUAAGUACAUGCUUAAGUAACUUGUUGAAUCAGAGCCUGAGGGUUUAUUACUUGUCAGUACCCUUUGGGUUAGAUUCCUGAUCUCAGCCAAAUCUGAAGUAUCUUUGUGCAGCUAAUGCAGAUUUACACUAAGAUUCCUGAGGUCAGAAUCUGUCCCUUUGUCCAAAGUGUUUCCUAUGAUAAUAAAAGGUAAAAGUGAAUUAUUAUAAUUAUUUUAUUUCAAUGUAUAUAAAACAAAAAAAAAGUCUGUGUACAAAUAUCACAUAACAACAUCAACAAUUCCAUAGAUGUAGUUCCUCAGUGCACACUUUAAACAAGAAAAGAGGUUGGGUUCUUUUUGUUUGUUUGUGUUUUGUUUUUAAAUUCUGGCAUAAAUAUAUUAAAGCUGACAAAAAAAAAUCAGGGCAAGCUACAUCACUUCCUCAUACAAAAAAUGUACAAAACAUCAGCCUCUAACUAGACAUAACAUAAUACUGGUUGUCACAGUUGGACAUUUAGUAACUGUGUGUCUUGGAGCAUUGUACUGAAGGGUAAUAAAAAAUAACUUCUCUUGCCA